AUGGUAAGUUUUUUGGUUUUCCAAAGGCUUAAGUCAUGGAACGGCGGCCCUGGGACCCAAGUGAACCUGCCGGAGCUCCAUCUUGCUAACAGACUUGAUCGUGACACAAGUGGUGUAAUGGUAAUCACCAAAUCACACAAAGUAGCCGGUAAGCUUGUGAAGGCUUUCACGGACCACAAGGUUAGGAAAACUUACAUUGCUUCGUGUGUUGGAUCAACUCCACAAUGGGGAAAAAUCACCAUUAAAUCAGGUCAUGGUCGAUCAAAGUUUGGAGCCUGGCGUGUGUAUGCUGCAUCAGAUGUCGGUCAGACACUACCAGGUGGAUCAGUUGUUAGAGACAUGGAAACAUCAUUUGAAAUAUUAUCAGUAAAUGGUCAGAUGCCUUCUGGAUCAGAAAAAGAUGUUGGAAAUGUUUUAGUUGUUGAAGAGAAAAAUUUAAUCGAUUGUGAUGUGAAGAAAGAUGAGAUUCUGGUAAGAGCAUAUCCUCGAAGUGGAAGAACACAUCAAAUUCGCUUGCAUUGCCAGUACCUUGGAAUUUCUAUACGGGGAGAUGUGAAAUAUGAGGGUGUCUAUGAUUGGAAAGGGAGAACUUAUGAUGGUCAUGAACUUCAUGCGGAGACUCUAUCUUUUGAGCACCCUGUUACUGGUGGACCUGUUCGGAUUGAGGCACCUUGGCCUAUGUGGAUGAGCCAAGCAUUGCAGCCAUUAAAGAGAGGCUUACACAGGUAGAUUGAUGUAAUUUGUUGAGUGAAUACAGAAAAAUAUUGAAUUAACACUUCGGCUUUUGGCCUAAUACACAACCAAUCUAAUAUUCGUACGACACCAUAACCAAUGUGAGCUCAUAAAGUACAGAACUAAAAAGGCUGCGCAACAAAUGAUGGAAGAUAUCUAAGUUGUACAAUGUGAACUUGGAAAGCCAACAGUGUUAACAUGAGAUUGACUACAAAUUUUUCCCAGUUGGAUGUGGUCAAAAUGCAUUAAUAACCAUCACACUUGUUUAAUGCGUUUAUUUAGCUCAAAUCUUGAAGAUAUUAGUACAU